AUGCGUUUCUUCGCCGUCAUCUCUGCCCUUGCUGCCCUGGCCUCGGCCUACACCCAGCCCGACUACACCCAGAGCCCCACUGGCAAUGCCAUCUACACUCCUGGCCUGAACGACCAGGUCGAGGCUGGCAAGGCCUACAGCGUCACCUGGGAUCCCACCACCACCGGCAAGAUCUCGCUGGUCCUCCUCCACGGCCCCAGCACCAACAUGCAGACCCUGUACGCGAUUGCCGAGGACAUCGACAACACCGGCAGCUUCUCGUGGACCCCCAGCACUGAUCUGGCGCCCGAGACCACCCACUACGGUCUCCUUCUCGUCGUCGAGGGCACUGGCCAGUACCAGUACUCCACCCAGUUCGGUAUCACCAACCCCUACUACUCGUCCUCGUCCGCUGCCGCUUCCGCCACCACCUCCACUGCCGCCGCUACCACCUCCGCUGUCACCGAGGCCGCUGCCACCACCACUGCUGCCGCUACCACCACCGAGGUUGCCGUCAGCGCCGCCACCACCUCCACUGUCGCCGAGACGGUGGAUGCCACCAAGCCCGCUGCCACCUCCGUCCCCGUCAUCAAGCCCACCGGCUUCGUGACCUCCAAGCCCUCUGGUGUCAUCUCCAGCUCCGCCGCUCCCUCCGGCACCCCCGCUGCCAGCUCCUCCUCCGUCUCUCCCAUCUUCACCGGUGCUGCUGACCGCAACGCCAUGAACCUGGGCAUGGGCGCCCUGGCUGCCGGUGUUGUUGCCGUCCUUGCCAUCUAA